AUGGUUGGUGGAAUGACACCUUCUGAACAUUCAAAAUCUUCUUGGGCAUCGGAAAUAAAUAAGGAUAAAAUAAAUUGUUUUAAUUUAGGCCAAACUGAACAACUUUUAAAGAGACAUAAAUCCCUCAAUUUGUUGUAUUCUGAAACUUUUAAAAAUCAGAACAAAACAAUUUGGAGGUCCAACAGUCUUGGAAGUCAACGAACAGAUUUAUCUAAUUAUUUGCCUAUUUAUGCUCAAAUAAAACAUUCAAGGCAAAGCGUAGCUAGUCAAAAACUUGUUUCAAGUGAAGACUGUUUGUUGGAUAGAAAGUAA